GAGAGGUCAUGGGAAGAGAAUAGCUUUGAAAUAAUCCCAUACUCAAUCGUACGAGAAGAUUGCAGCGGAUUUGUCGCUUAAUUUCAACUUCCCUCAAGCCGAAGUUCAACAGACAGUCAAACCAGAUCUAGGCUGUUUCUCUACUUCAUCCCGAAGACCAAGACAGGAGGAAAGAUGAUUCUGAAAGCCGCGCUGUUCGUCGCCAUGGUGAUGGUGGUCACCGCAGCACCUAAAGAUGAUCUCGGGGAGGACAUCGAAUUCGACCGCCAACAGCUCCAGACCGCCGACACUAACCAGGGCAUCACCAAGCCCGCCAUCCAUCGUCUGGUUCGCCGUAGCGGCCUCAGCCACUUCUUCCAAAUCUACGGGUCCGGUAUGAACUUUAUGGAAUUCCUGUUGCACGUGAUCCACCUCGCAACGAAAUUCGCCAUGAACGAAGGGCGCUUUAGAGUUACCUAUGUGGACAUGGCCCGAGCUCUCGAAGAGAAAGGUUCCCCUAAACCAAGGUUUUAAGCCUUCUACUAAUUAAGUGCCUGAAAACGCUUUUUGGAUGUAUAUAUGAGCUGAUGUAAACGUUUUUUUUUGGAUCACAAUAAUGUGCUUAAUGAAUGUUCGAGGCUUCUGUAAUGUGACAUAUGAUUGUUUUCUUUGUAUUGUAUGUACCGCAUAUCAUCGGUAAUGAUGAAAACAUUCAGGCCCGUUUGUACUGAUUAAAAAGAAAUAAAGUGUCUGACCCAACACGAUCACACAUAUUUCUCAAAUGUUGUAGACGUAAAUUAUAGCGUUUAUUCCUUUAUAUGAUUUCAAACAGUGGCCUGCAUAUACUUACUCUUGUGUAUACAUAUAAAACAGAUGGGAAUUGCUCUGGACCUGUUACAUCGUUGUUAACAUUUCUCAAAAUAUGAAGAACCAACCUGUUACGUUUGAUUCUUGCUGCAUGACUAGCGUUAACCAAUUUAAUGAUAUCUGAUGUGUCCGCCUAUAUAAUCACACGUGUUUCUGUUGGGAAA